AGCGCGCCAAUAUUGGUGUACACGGUUUGACGUUUUCAAAAAAAAGACGAUGAGUGCGUUUAGUGCUGCAUUCUCAAACUUGGCAAACUUCAUCGGUUGCAAUAUUGUGACGAUUUUCAGAAGAAAAACAUCGUUUUUUACUGAAGAAAAUUAUAAAUUGGAAAAAAAAAACUUUUUUAAUUGUGAAAAUCAAUUUUAUUCCAUUUAAAAAUCAAAUAAACAAAUUUUACGUUCUUGACCAUUUACCACUUUCACUGACUGUUUAUACACUUUGAAUUGAGUGCAUCUGUCAAAAUUACUUUGACAUAUAAACAGUUUCACACAAGAGUUUGCAAAACGAAAGCAAGAUAAUCAAAACAAAACGAAUAUUUGCGCUGAGCUCAAAUUCAUGUAUAGCGAUCGGGUGAAUAAAAUUCCGUGUAAAUACUAAGAAAAUUGAGUGGAAUUUGAUGUGAAUUCGUUUGCAAUGUACACCAUUGAAUCUCCAGAGCGAAAGCUAAAACUGUGUGCCUUACCGACGUGCAAGGGCAAGCGUUAUGAUUUGGUGCACAAGUUUCCCAUGAAUAAUGAGCGUGCUCAGCAAUGGAUAGACAUAAUCGAUUUGCCGGAAUUAAAGAAGUUGCCCAUUGAUCAGGUUCGAAAACGGUUUUUCAUAUGCUCCAAGCAUUUUCGACCGCAGGAUUAUAAAAAUUGUGAAUCGAGAAGUCUGAACACAACCGCAUACCCACGAUUAUUGCUCAAACUCACUGACGAAGAAGCGACUGAACCAUGUCCGCAAAGUGUCAGUGUAGAAGAAUUUCAGGUGCAAGAGUGUGACUUUGGCGUACAAGAGACAACCAUCCAUUUGACCGAAUCAAAUACACACAUAACAACCACUGAGAAAACGUCUCCGAAGCCCAUUGAAUACAUUCUUUGUGCAUCGGCGAAUGAUCAACCCGUUUUAUUGCGGAGGAACCAAAAUAUUGAAGCUGAAAUUGUUAUCCAGAAACCGUUUCGAAUACAAGCGCCUACGGUGCUACCGACACCGCCACCAGCUCCAAAACCAAUCAUCGUGAAAACAAGCUUGAAACCAGCGAAUGCAAUCAUUUCGACGCCACAACCUGAUUCGAAAAAUCUAUCUAAAGAAAUUAUUCUAAAACGAAAUGCCAACUAUACAAUCGAAUCAGUUCGCAAAAAAAUCAUUCUGAACGAAUCGAAUGCACCAAAAACCUACCCACAAAAAGUGUCAGUUCCACCAGAAGAAAAAAAUCGAGGUGUAAUCGUUAUUCAUCACAAUGAACUACCAAAUCCACUUCAAGUUUGCAGCUUUUGGUUGAGAGAUCACUGCCGAUGUACAAAUUGCUUUGGCGAUACUUUACAGCGAAAAAUAAAUUUAGCUCAUAUUCCGUUGGAUGUUGAGCCCACCCAUUCAAAAACUGAAAACAAUCUCCUUCGUAUAACAUGGUCCGAUGGCCAUAAAUCAAGCUAUGAUGUAUUGGAACUAAACGAGCGACUCAAUUCAAAAUUCAAACUAUGCCCAAUAAAACAUAUUCCAUGGUCAGCAGCAGACAUGCUAGGCAGUGAUUAUGCGAGUGUAACAUUAAAUGACUAUUUGUGUAAUGAAGAGAUUGCCAAAGCGGUAGUUGCAAGUCUUGUCAAAUUUGGAUGUGCUUUUAUAAGGAAUGUGCCGGCCAAUCUUCAAAGUACAGAGAUUGCAAUCAGACGCCUAUUUCCCAUACAGAAAACUCUAUUCGGAGAGAUGUGGUCAUUUUCGGACAAUAAAGCUCACAAUGACAUUGCCUAUACAAACGAAGCGUUGCUUGCGCAUACUGAUAACACGUACUUUACUGAUGCUGCCGGUCUGAAAAUACUGCACUGUACCAGUCGUGAUGGCAGCGGUGGUGAAAGUUUUCUUGUCGAUGGAUUUAAUGUGCUGAAAAGGUUACGAGAACAAAACCAAGAAGCAUAUGAAUAUCUUAGCAAAACUAGCAUAACAUCUGAAUACAUCGAGGAUGGAUAUCACUUCAAACAUUCUGCCCCAGCCAUCAUCAUUGAUCCGAAGACAAAGGAACCGAAUCAAAUCCGGUUCAACAUGAAUGAUCGCGCACCUUUCAACGAUAUUUUGCAAGAUGAAAUGUUAAAAUUUUACAAGCAUUACAGAGCAUUGGCGAUAGAAAUUCAACGUGGGGAAAAUGAAUGGCAUUUCAAAUUAGAGCCAGGUACCGUGUGUAUUUUUGAUAAUUGGCGAAUAUUGCACGGACGCACCGAAUACACUGGACGUCGACAAAUGGUUGGCUGCUAUGUGUCACGCAGCGAAUUUCAUAGCGUUGCUCGAAGAUACGCCAUUUUAUCCUAGAUUUAAUUUCUUAUUUUCGUCGUCACAUUCGAACAAUUUUCAUUUGGUCAAUCACCCGAGAAUAUUUGUCUUCAAUCAAAACAAAAUGUAAACGCGAAGAAAUACAUAAAUGUGUUUAAACAAAUUGAUUUUAGAUGAAUGUAAAAUAAUUCGUAUUGUGUCAGAGGUCUCUUAAAAUUUCAUUUUAAUGUAUAUGAGUCGAAGUAGUAUAAUUUAAAUGAUUAGUUAUAUUUAACAUGAACAAUUUUUGUUUCACUUUCGACUAAAUUUGUAAAAAUUCUUCGAGCUGGAAUAUUAUGAAUAAAACUUUUUUUUUGGAAUGAA